GAGGAAGUGAGAGCAUCGAGAGGAGAGGAGGGAAAUAGAGUGCUGACGCCGCUGCUCCCGCAGAACGUGCAGCCAUGGGCAAUGCGCAGCAAAGGCCUCCUGGCAGGGGGGAUGGAGGAGGAGGCCAGCGGGCCCAGCCCUGCAACCCAGGACCAGGCAGGGGCCGUGGGGAGAGCACGAAGCAGCCGGCCCCUGGGAAAGCUCCCAUAAUGAAUGGCACUCAGAGGGAUAACAGGACCCAUGCCGCUGAUGAGAAUAGCGCCAGUGGCCCAGGUCAGACGGGGGUGGACCAGAGCUACCUGGACGCCCCAGCUGGGGCUCUGCCUCCUCCGCUUGCCAGGCUGAAGAAUGAGGGCAAUAUGCUGUUCAAGAAUGGCCAGUUUGGAGACGCAGUGGAGAAGUACUCCCAGGCCAUCGCUGGCUGUGAGGAGGCAGGUAUUGAUAGCCCAGAGGAUUUGUGUAUUCUCCACUCGAACAGAGCAGCAUGUUACCUUAAGGAUGGGAAUAGCACGGACUGCAUCGCAGAUUGCACUAGGUCCCUGGAGCUGCAGCCGUUCUCGCUGAAGCCGCUCCUCCGACGGGCCAUGGCCUACGAGUAUUUGGAGCGCUACAGCAAGGCCUAUGUGGACUACAAGACUGUUCUCCAGAUCGAUGUUAGUGUGCAGGCAGCCCACGACAGCAUAAACAGGAUCACCAAACUCUUGAUUGAUCAGAACGGUCCGGACUGGAGGGAAAAGCUGCCGGAGAUUCCUCUGGUUCCGCUGUCGGCCCAGCAGCACCGGCGGGAGGAACCGCCCAGUGAAGAGGUGCUGCAGGCCCGAGCAGCCCGGAAGGCAGAGGAGGAAGCCAGAAAGGCUGAGGUCCGCUUCUCAUCCCUGAAAAAAGAGGGGAAUGAGCUGGUGAGACUGGGCCGCUUCCAGGACGCACUGGAGAAGUACAGCGAAUGUCUGCAAAUAAAGCCAAACGAAUGCGCCGUGUUCACAAACAGAGCCCUCUGCUACCUGAGGGUGGAUCGCUUCCAAGAGGCCAGGCAAGACUGUGACUCCGCCUUGGAGAUCGAGCCAACCAACAAGAAGGCAUUUUACAGACGAGCACUUGCCUUCAAAGGAUUAAAGGACUACCUCUCUGCCAGCACUGACCUGCAGGAGGUGCUGCAGCUGGACCCGAAUGUCCAGGAGGCCGAGCAGGAGCUGGAGCAGGUGACCCUGCUGUUCAGAGAGAGCUUGAUGUCCAGCGCCGCACAGGGUUGAUGGAGCACGAUGGCUGGAGCUCCAGGGACAAGAGAGCUGCUGCUCCACCCAUUAGGACUGUGGCACACUGCGGCCGCCCACGGCUAAGGGACGAGGCCAGACAUUUGCUUUUACUCCACCAAGACUGGUCUCCUGUCACAGCAGGGUCAGAGUUGAGUGUCAAGGAUGCCCAUUCACAAAUCCCACCAAAAGCUGCUCCUGACUCAACAUCAAUGACCCCGUGAUGCUGAACAGCGAGGGCCGACCGUCAGAGCUGCAUGACCAUUUGUCUUCAAUUUCACAUCCGAUCUCCUGGCAACCUGGAACAAGAGUGUCCGUGCUUUAUGCAGUAUAAAAAGUCCAGUCUGGUGCAGAUGAGAACAUUGAGGAGUUGAGGUUACUGUUGAUAGAUCACUGGGUCUUUGGUUGUGUCAAAACCGUGUCUGUGUGUGGAAGACGUGCCUUCGCUACUCACAGUCCAGGACUUGACCUACUACAUAUCCGGACACACUCUUCACCCACUUCAGCCGAGUGCCAGAUGGUUAAAGUUACACACAGCUCAUAAUCAGCAACCAAGUGCUUCACUUUCUAACCAUUUAGUUGCUCUUGCAUGCACUAAGAGAACUUGAUACCCUCGAGCCAGUAGAACUGCAACAGUAUGUGCUUGAUUUAAUGACAUUUUAUACAACUAGCAUUUGCAUAAAUGUUCUGAACAAAAAAAAAAAGUUUUUUUUUUUAACAAACGCUACACAUACAUGAUUUUAUUAUUUUCACUAUUUAUGAUGGCCUUGUACUUCUGUGCACCUACAUAAGGCAACUUAUCUUUAAAUUAAUUGUGCUAAUUCAUUAUUUAGAGCAGGGUUCCCACUUCAAGUCAAAUGUAAAAUUCCAUGACUUUUUUUCCUGACAAAAAAAAAUCAAAUUUCUAUAA